GCCCUACCCAUGUCACCUCCUGGAAUGGGAGCCUUCGGCCUUCUCCCUCUGUGCGGGGCUCCCCGGCGGUGGCGGGGGGGGGGGCGUCGCCCCUUCCUCUGCUCCCCUAAUGGCCCCCUUGUCCCGCCCCCCUCCAGCUCAGCCAGCCGGGGGCGCCGCCCACACCUCAGGAGAGGAGGACUUGGAGGACUCCGCGCCCGCUGGGCCCCCGGGGGCCACUGCCAAGGGGGCCGUGACCUUCCGCGACGUGGCCGUGGACUUCACCCCGGAGGAGUGGGGGCGGCUGGACCCGGCUCAGAGGCGGCUCUACCGGGAGGUGAUGCUGGAGAACUACCGGAACCUGGCGUCCCUGGGACUUCCUAUUCCCAAACCGGCUGCCGGCUACCACCUGGAGCCCGGGGAAGAGCCCUGGACGGCGGAGGGAGAGGUCCCGAGUGGCUGCCCUGCAGACUGGAAGACUGAAGCCGAGCUCAAGGGGGCUGGCCCAGGGGGGGACGUUUCGGAAGGAGGCUUGUCCCAGAGAAGGAAGAUAGGAUUUGCCCAGGAUGGUCCUUGGAGCCCCAGACUGGAGGACAGGAUGUGUGACAGCCAGUUGGAAGAGCAGCAGAGACAGUGGAGGCAGAUGAUUGUCCACCCUGGGGAGCCGGGCUCUGAAUGGGAGGAACGUGAGAAAAGUGCCAGCGUGAGGCCGCUGGGGAUUCUCCAGCAGAAUCUGCUCUUGGUUGCAGAGAGGCCCCAUCCGCAUGACACGAGUGGGAAAAGCUUCAGGCAGCUCUCACACUUGAUUGACCACCAGGUCCUCUGCGCUGCAGACGAGUACAGCGAUCGCAGGAGGGAUGAGCGGCCCCUGCACAGCCGCUCACCUCCCCUGGGCCCCCCCGGAAGCCAUCUGCGAGGGAAGCCAUACAAGUGCAAAGAAUGUGGGAAAGCCUUCAGCCAGAGUGCGCUUCUUACCAAACACCUGCGUGUGCACACUGGAGACAAGCCCUACGAAUGCAGUGACUGUGGCAAAGCCUUCAACCAGACAUCCCACCUGAGGCAGCACCGGAGGAUUCAUAACGAAGAGAAGCCCUUCGAGUGCAACGAGUGUGGGAAAGCCUUCCGGGUGAGCUCGUCCCUCACCGAGCACUGGAGGACUCAUACUGGCGAGAAGCCCUAUCAGUGCAACGAGUGUGGAAAGGCCUUUAACCGCAGCACCCACCUCACCCAGCACCAGAGGAUUCACACAGGGGAGAAGCCCUUCGCCUGCAAUGAGUGUGGGAAGGCCUUCAACCGGAGCACACUCCUCACCCAGCACCAGAGGAUUCACACUGGAAAGAAGCCCUACGAAUGUGACGAGUGUGGGAAAGCCUUCCGGGUGAGCUCGUCCCUCACGGAACAUCGCAGGAUUCACACUGGAGAGAAGCCCUAUGCGUGCCACGAGUGCGGGAAGGCCUUCAACUGCAGCAAGCUCCUGACACAGCACCAAAGGAUCCACACAGGAGAGAAGCCCUAUGAAUGCGGCCAGUGUGGCAAGGCCUUCAACAAGAGCCCCAACCUGACCCGCCAUCAGCGGAUCCACACUGGAGAGAAGCCCUACAUAUGCAGUGAAUGCGGGAAGACCUUCAACCAAAGUACCCACCUCAUUCAGCACCAGAGAAUCCACACUGGAGAGGUCUUCUAUGACCCUGUAACCAACACAUAUCUUUGAAGGGCCUGUCUUGGGCCGGUGGAACGGGGCCCCUCGGUGUGGUGUGGAGUGGCGUGACGCAGCUGGAAGCCUUGGAGGAGUCGUCCUCAGAACCACCACACCCCUUCUUUAUUGGGGGCCAACCUCUGUGUUCCAACCCCAGACCAGCCCAAGUGCCCAAAACAGAACCCAUAGCAGGUGGGAGACCAAAGAGGGGUUUGAGGCCAGCUGAGAGGAGCAGGAGGAGGGUCUUUGGCCCAGGCUCUGAGGGUCUGGGUGUGGGCAUCCAGGAAUGAGGGCUCCCCCUUUCUCUCCUUUGUGUAUUCCCUCAUCUCACUCUGCUUUCCUGUUUCCUCUCCCCUCACUUCACUGGAGUAUUAGAGAGGGGCACCCAUGAGAGAUGCUGCUUUUGGGGGGGUUUGCUCCCAUGCACAGAGUCUCUGCCUGGGGGUAAGCUGGGGAAUGGGAGUAGACCGAUUGUCCUUGGGGAGGGGAGAAGAGAGCAGGAGGGCCACCUCUGCCCUCUGACCCUGUGUGUGAUGAGGAUGGUCAAUAAAUGCUCGU